AUGUCUUCAAUUCCCUCUCCAUCUCCACGAGGAAAGGCCAAUGGUGGCAUCUUCAGCCAGAAGACUCUACUGAUUGUCGUUGGUCCUAAACGAGUACCAUUCCACAUUCAUCCGAUCCAACUCUCCAGCACGGCCUUCUUUGAGGUACAUGGCGAUCCAAAGACAACUGUGAUGACACGAGACGGGGGAAGUUCUGAGGCCACACUCUCACGACAUGCCACUCCAGCAUCGGAGGUCAAAGAGGAGCCAGGCUCACGCUCUCCAACACUUGGACCUCGAUCAGAAAAUGACACUGAACCUCAUUACCACCUCAUCGGUCAAGCCUACACGGCAGAAGCCUUUGAAAUGAUUGUCAAGUGGCUCUAUAAUCAACCACCUAGUGUCCCACAAACAAGAGAAGAAUGCAAGAUUGCGCUUCGGGCCUACCUUCUCGCACUACGUUACCAGAUCUGCGGUCUUCAGGACCACAUGAUCGACAACUUUCGCAAAUAUCACCAGCAAUACAAUGUCAUGUUCAAAGACCUUCAGUGGUUAAUCAAUCGCCUGGGAAACUCUGUCAAUUGCUACAACGUGCCCUUGAUUCGAUACCUUGCACAUCAAAUUGCCUACGAGAUCAACGCCGAUGGUUAUGCCAGAUUCCUUGACAGCAACGACGAUUUUUUUGUCUUCCUCACCAACGGUGAUCAACCAAUUCGAGCUCUGGUCUUUGAGUCUAUUGCUGAAAUUGGUCGCGAUAUCCCGCUGGAUCCUGCCUCUGGACCAAACAGAUGGACUGUCGCGGCGUGUUCUGGGGCAGCCCAGCAACCACCACAGCAGAGGGAAACGAUCGCACUUGAUUGA